AUGUCCGGCGGUGGUGGCGGCAGCGGCGGCAGGGCAAGCAGUGGCGGCGCGUUCGAGCCGAACUAUUCGCUGGAUAAGUUCAUGGAGUCCCUUGGCACCUUUUCCCCAGACGGCCAGCCGUUGCACCUCGACAAACGGCAGAGUCUCGAGAGCAACAGCAGCAUGACCCCCUUCGGAGGAUCAACGGCUCGGCGGAGCAGCAACGGCAGCUACGCCGGCGGCGCUACCGCUCCCGGGAGCUGCGCCCGCGCGACACCGAACCUCCGACUUCGCCGCAGCAGCGCGGGCGGCGACAGUAGCGUGAGCCGCAUGAGCAUCGGUUCCGGGAACGGCGCGUCGGAGGACGGCAGAAGCAACAACCACAGCGGCAGCAGUACCGCCGCCGUUUCGUCGACGACCGCGAGUUUGUCGAACGCCUCUUCGACGGGCCUGAAGACUCCUCGUUCGAGCGCCCGGCACGGCCACUUCACUCGGGUCCGUAGGAACUCCCCCGUGAAGCUGGACCCGUCAUCGUCUCCGGCAAGAGCGGGCUCCGGCAGGGGGCGGGCAGAGGCGGCGAGCGGGUCCAGGUCUCCUAAGAGAAAGCGCAACUACUCGCAGCUGGCGACUUUCGGAGACGAGAACGGAGCCCCGUCCCCGUUCCCCAGCGACGGCGGUCCCAAGAACGCUUCCAGAGUGUUGUCGAACUCCAGACUCACCGUGCACAAGGACGGGGCGUAUAUGCAGGUGACGUUCGACGACACCCACCGCUUCGCCAUGGAGGAGGACCCUCAGAUGAACCAGCCCUUGGGGGAGUCGCUGAUGAACGACCCGUUCCUCGCCACGCCGGAGCCGACGACGGGGAGCAGGAAGGACAUCGACCAGGCCCUGAGCCUCUUGCAGCUGUCGGGAGGCAGCGGGUCCCAGUCGGACCUCACUCGCUCGGCACGUCGGAGCAGCGGGGCGGGCGGAGAUGGAGGAGAGGGAGGGGGAGGCAAGGGGACGCCGGGACCCGCGAACCAUGGCUUGUUCCCCCCUCUCAACUCGCAGGAUCUUGUGGAGAACGUGGUGCCGGCGUCGUCGUCCGGGGCCGGUGCCGCCUCUCAAGCAGGAGCUGGACCAUCCUUCUCCUCAGUGACAUCACCAAGAAGUGCACGCGGCGGCUGGGGCGCCAAGUCUCCCGCCGGCGUUCACGGCCACAUGCUGCACCACCCUAGCUGCAGCAGCGGCGGCGGCGGCGGCGGCGCGGGCCCCUUGUCGUCGCCGUUGAUGUCUUCCUCCGCGGUGCCAUCGUCGGCCCUGUCCCCGCCGCCGCCGUCCCCGUUCUCGCGUGCCGCCGCCGCCGCGUCCGCCUCGUACCACAACCCGGCCGCCGCCGCGGCUGCCGCAGCCAUCCGCAUCCUCCCGCCCCCGCCCCCGGAAGUCGGCGGGGUGGGGAACAACAAGAAGAAAGCGGCGGGGGGAGCGGGCCGCGGUGGAGGGGUUUCUCAGGGGGGCGGCGGGAAGAGCAAGGGGGGGGGCUCCACCGCUGCUGCGGCGGGGGGGGGCAGGCAGAAGGGGAAGCCCAAGGCGAAGGGGCACGUGGGGGGCCAGCGGCCGGCGGUCCAGGCCCCCGUGUCGAAGCCGCAAGGGACCAAGGGGGGCGGCCCUGGGUCGUUUUGUAGCAAGCCCGAGGCGCUGUCGCAGCUCGAUACGUCUCAGAGCGAUCUGAUGGUCUUGGACGCUGAUCUGUGGAUCGUGCGUGAGCGCGGAGAGCACUGCUCUUCGAACGAAUGCAUUUACAAGGACAAGACGACCGGGAUUUCGAGCAGGCGGCAUUACCACGCGACGUGCGACCACCGGCACAAGGGGGGUCCCAAGGGGGGCAUGAUCUUCCACCACCACCAGCUGGAGAAGAUUCAGAAGCACCAGCGGGCGCACAUCCGCACCUUGCACAAGAAGACACCAGCCGAGGCGGUGCUGAACGAGGGCAACGUGGAGCCGUACCUACCGCAGGAGUGGACGGAGCAGGAAGCGAGCGUUCUGGCCCACCUGGUGGGCAUGUACGGCCCGACCAACUGGGGUAUCAUCUCGGCCGGGGUGGCCACCAAGACGGAGACCCAGUGCAUGCUCCACUGGAGAUUCGCUCUCAACGGGAACGCUACCGUCAAGGGCACGGGCACGUGGCAGUCGGUGGAGGACGAGAGGAUGCUGUCCUUGGUGCAGAUUUUCGGUCAGCGUUGGUCGACCGUGGCGGAACACAUGCCCGGGCGAUUGGCAAAGCAAUGUCGGGAGCGAUAUCUGAACAAUCUCGAUCCGGAGCUGCGUCGCGGUGCUUGGUCGCGAGAGGCAAGAAACAAGAAACAACGAGUGCUGUGUGCAUACGUGGGCAAAGGGUUGGAGGACGAGAAGCUGCUGCAGCUGCGAGGCCAGCAGAACAAGAGCUUCGCCAAGAUCGCCGAGCAGAUAGACGGCCGCAGCUACAACGACGUCAAGAACCGCUGGUCGCAGAUCAGUCGCCAGAUUGCAGCUCUCAAGGGCAAAGCGGCGAAGGAGGAGCCCGUCUGCUCUCCGUUCCGGGAAGGGGUGAUGCCGCCACACCAACGCCAGCAGCGAGCAACGGGGGCGGCGGCGGCGGCGGCGGCGGCGGCGGCUGGGGGGGGACGAGGUUUCAAUGGAACGCCGCCGCCCCAUGGCGCGUUCAUGGGGAUGGAUGGGGUCGGGGAAGCGGCUGCGGCGGCUGCGGCGGAGGCUGGGGAACUGGGCCCGCAAAUGACGGAAGCGGAGGCCGCGUCGAUUGCAGGGGGGGCACUGUUCGGGUACGGCAGCGACAUGAGGGUCUCCAUAUGAUAUUUGUGGCGUUAGUGUUUGGGGUUAUGUGGUCGGAUCAGUGUCGUUAACGCUCUCUGUGGUCGCUUUUCGCGAGCCUUGCAUCGUCCGUAUGAUACAAUGCGGGGACUUGAAAACAGAAUACCUUGUGAGACGGGAGAGUGUGCCAAAACUGAUGAAGGAGCUUGUUCAUCGCUCCAGAGGCGGGGAGACGAACGAGCAGCCAAGAACGCCCUCUGGUUGUGGAACGCCCUGGCCUUAGAAAACCCUGGCGUAUUUAUUUCCUUCUCGUGCGCAUAGGUAGGUAGGUAGGUAGGUAGGUAGGAGGUGAUGGAUGGGAUACGGAUGGUUUGCGUUUAGUGCAUAUGUGGUUGGAGGCAGAGCAAGCUCGAUGGAAAGGAUAACAGCCUGGCUCGAAGGUUUGGUGGAAGGCUGGCUGUACGCGUUUCGUCACGUCUGUGUUGCCGUUGGUCUGGGCUUAGCAGCUAGCGCGGCGAUGUAUGUACGCGAGAAGAGGAACAUUUCUGUCAAGGCGGCGGUUUGGUACACCCACCCUCCCACCCCAAGGAGGUUCCGUCAUCUCGUAGCUCGUCUGAAAGGAGACAUGUAAAUGUAUGUUGGCCGACUCCAAUGGAGACGGUAUGGGCGAUUCCGUAGUGGGUAUAGUUUUGGUGCCCUUCUUGGUUUUUUGAGGAGUUCUAUGCCAUGAUCUUGGUACGCUACGCCUUGUGUUUUAUGGUUUUCUGUGCUCGGUGGGCAUCAAUUCCGCCCAAAAACUUGUUAGCUAGUGCUUGUUAAAUAGGUUGCGUCCUCGUCCUUGUGUGUUUGGAAGGGCAGCUGGCUGCUCGGAGGGUUGACCGACUCGAGUGAGAAGCGCAGGUUUGUUGCGAGUCCCCGCAGUAUACGAGCCCUGACAACCCGUCUGCUCUCGUUUCGUUUCCUCGAACGCGGGACUCAAGAUGAAGAAUGGUAGCGCACUUCUCUGUAACAUUAUUAACAGCGGCAGCUUCGAUAUUUCGUUUUGUGCACGCCAGUUGCCUGUCUUGUUUUUAUUGUCCAGCACCGCCGUGCAGUUGUCUCUUCUGGGAUGCAGAUACUAUUAUGGGAGCUUUGGGAGUGUCGUUCGUGGGCUUGGUGUUUUGUUUUUCGUCGUCAAGUUUGCGACGCCCUCAUCAUGGUGGUCUCUGUAGUGUACCGGUUUCGCAAGUGUAGUUUUUUAUUUUGUUUAUUGCCGGUUGUCUUCUGCACAAACCCUAGAUUAUUGGGCGUAAGCGACAUGUUUUAGGGCGCAGCCUCGCUGAGUCACGAUGUGC